CAAUGGCUCCUUGGAAGUGGAACUCAGCCUCCUUCGUCUCAAUCUGGAGAGCCAGAAAAAAAACCAGAAAGGACAGCAGCAAAUGGUGGGCUUUAGCCUAUCCCGAGCUCGCACUGGCAGCAUCCGAUCCUACUCGGCCCCAGAACCCCACACUUGUGCCCUCAAACACAAUGGGAGCAACCUGAUGGCCACCUUCCUCAUUGACUUCAAGGAAAAACAAGUCCAUGUAUGUCAGUUUGGGGAGCAGAAGAAACUCCAGAUUUCUCCAGGGCUUCUCCAAGGAGGUUUAUCUCUGCCCAGUACAGACAAUGAGACUAGUGCAGCCAAGCAGGAUGGGGCAUCUCCACCACUGUCUUCUGAUAGCCAGGAACCCAGCCAUAAGGAGAAGGGGCUGGUGCUGAGCUUGGGUUACAACAACGAUUCCUACAGCUUCAGUUUCCACGUGGUGAUUGGCUCCCCAGCAGAGGAAGGAAUUUACAACCUCAACUUUCACAAUUGCUACAAUGCUGUCCCUGGGCACGAGAAGCCCUUUGAUAUCACGAUAAUGAUUCAAGAGAAGAACCCCCAGGGCUUCCUGUCUGCUACUGAGAUUCCCCUCUACAAACUCUACCUGAUCAUGUCAGCUUGUUUCCUGGGGGCCGGAGUCUUAUGGGUCUCUGUUCUCUGCAAGCACAAAUACAGCGUCUUCAAGAUUCACUGGCUGAUGGCGGCUCUGGCCUUCACCAAGAGUGCAUCCCUACUCUUUCACAGUAUCAACUACUAUUUCAUCAAUAGCCAGGGCCGACCCAUUGAGGGCCUUGCCGUCACCGACUACAUCACCCACCUGCUGAAGGGUGCCCUCCUCUUCAUCACCAUUGCCCUCAUUGGCUCUGGCUGGGCCUUUGUCAAAUAUGUUCUGUCCGACAAGGAGAAGAAGCUUUUUGGGGUUGUCAUCCCCUUGCAGGUCCUGGCCAAUGUAGCCUACAUCAUUAUUGAAUCCACUGAGGAAGGGACCAGUGAUUAUGCCCUGUGGAAGGAGAUUCUGUUCCUGGUUGACCUCAUCUGCUGUGGAGCCAUCCUCUUCCCUGUUGUAUGGUCCAUCCGACAUCUCCAAGAGGCAUCAGGCACUGAUGGGAAGGUGGCAGUGAAUCUGGCAAAGCUCAAGUUGUUCCGGCAUUACUACGUGAUGACGGUGUGCUACAUCUACUUCAGCCGCAUUGUGGCCGUCCUGCUCCGCGUCAGCGUGCCCUUUCAGUGGCAGUGGCUGAAUGAGUUGCUGGUGGAGGUCUCUACCCUGGUGUUCUUCAUCCUCACUGGCUACAAAUUCCGCCCAGCAUCCAAUAAUCCCUACUUGCAGCUGCCCCAGGAGGAUGAUGAAGAAGAUGUUCAGAUGGACCAAGUGUGA